AUGCUUGGUCUUGGAGCAUAUGAGAGCAGCAGUGAAAACGAGGUAGAGCUUGAUGGACCCUCUCAACCCCAGCAUACCAAGGAGCCUCCAGACACAGCAGCACGAACAGACCAGGGCCCAAUUGAGUCACAAUAUGAAGAGCAAGUGUCAAACGUUUCUACCAAUGCCACAAACUUGGUCCCAGAUGGGCCUGUUCUUGGCCCUGAGUCAAUUGACCAGGCACCCAAUUUGGGGAGUGCGCACAUAACUACAGGACGCUCAUCCCCCUUCCUGGCUUCAAGGACACUCAUUCAAGACCUCACACUUCCCCCGGUUCCUAAUCUAGACAUACCACCAUCUCCCCCUGGAUCCCCCGAUGCAGCCGCAAAUGCCAAGUUCGAGCAUUUCCUCACGCUCAAGAAGCGGGGUGUACACUUCAACUCGAAGCUUGCCGGCUCCUCAUCACUCAAGAACCCCAGCCUGAUGAUGAAGAUGAUGAACCAUGUUGGGAUCAAUGAGCAAUCACAGCAUGACACUUCGCUGCCGGUUGAUUUAUGGGAUGCUUCCAGUCUACCAAGAUGGGGAUUCAAGGAAGAGAUUCUGAGUACCCAACAAGCGUUUCGUCAAAAGAUGGAAGAAAAAAAGUCAUCGGGUCAACGAAGCUCUGUUGAUUUUGUAUCUGGCUCUGCCUAA